AUGGGAAAUUCAUCGUCUUCCUCACUUCCAGCCUUGCAAACAGCUGCCAGCUGCGAAACAGCCAAGUUCAUGGGAACUUGGUUUGUCAUCGCAGUGAAGCCAACAAUUUUUGAAAAGACAUCCUCUAACGCUGUAGAAAAGUAUUCUUUGAAAAAGGGCGAAUCGUUCGAUAUCGACAUUGAUUUUCAGUUCAACACAAAGGAACCAAUUUCAUCCAAAACGAAGAGCCUCCCUCAAAAGGGUUAUAUUGAAGGAGAAAACAAGGCUGACUCUAGCCAGUGGAAGGUAUCCCCUUUCUGGCCGAUUAAAGCACCAUACCUUAUUCUCGAAGUUGAUGAGGAGUAUGCGCAUGCUGUUAUUGGAUACCCUUCCCGCAAUUAUUGCUGGAUUAUGUCACGGAAACCCGUCAUGGCAGAGGCGACUUACGCCAAGCUAACAAAGCAGCUAGUUGAAAAGCACCAAUACAAUCUCGAUGGUCUACGGAAAGUUCCGCAGGUAUGGACUAACGAAGAGCGCGAAAAGCGUGGUCUAACCCAGGAAGAAAUUCCUGAUGCUUUACUCCAAGACUAACACAAAUAGUUAUGUUGAAAUGUUGAAUGUGCACGAACGCUGUCUCUGUUUCCUGUUAAUGUUUUUGGCUCGAAGUGACUGGAAUAGCACAUCGAUCCGUACUCCAGUGCGGCCGUAUUGAUGGCCGUAACAAUUUCUCACCUGGAACCUAAAAAAUUGACUGUGAGGAGAAAUGAGAUCACAUUUAAAGUCAAUACAUUCUAGCCUUUACAUUUUUGCUUGGGUUG